CCCAUCUCAUCUCCGGAGCUUUUCCCCAUUUCCCUUCCCAGCGCCCUACGCCUCCUGUACAGCAGGUUCCUUGGUUUUAAUUGCCCCUGCUCUCUCUUGCCUGCUGCUCCUCCAGCUGUCCGGCACUCUGUUUUCUCCGGCUUUAUCCACCUGUGCGUCUCUCGAUUGCCCCUCCAGGUGCGCACCCCGUAGCCAGAACUCCGCUAGGUGUGCCUGUGCCUUGAGCUCUUGGGAAAGCAAGAUCAAAUAGUUGGAGAAACUUCAGCCGCUAGGUUUGCGGUGAGCAUCGCAUCCACACCCGUGAGGGGCUGGGCCAGGUGACUGCUCUUUGAGCGAUGGGCUGCUCCAGCAGCGCCCUCAACAAAGCGGGCGACAGCAGCAGGUUCGGCAGCGGAGUAACUUCGAAUGAGAAUUCUUCCACUGUAGAACAUAACAAGUUCUGUGUAGACCAACCUAAACCAUGUACACCAGGAGGAGAAGCUGCCUUUCAUGGCAACACACAAAGGGAAAGCCAUCCUUCACUCGAGAGGCCCAAGGCUUCAGUGGUGCCUACAGCAAAUGGUGUUAAAUCCUACCAUCAACCAUCUCUGGCAAAUGAUGAGACCCCUGGAAAGGAAGCCACAGAUCACUCAAGACCCACAAAGAAGAUUGAGCCUCUAGUGCAAGGCGGGGAGUGUGAGCAACCUCAGCCAGGAGGCAAAGAUGAUAUGUUGGGAACUGAGGAAGUGAAGAAAGAUGUGGAAGCAAGGACAGAGGUCCCGUCUUUAAAAGGAGAUGCUGAGAUUAAGCCUCUGAGGCUGUCAUCAGAGAGGGACUCCCCUGGAGCUCCACAGGCUGGGACGAUGAAGUUUCUACAAACAGCCGAGAACAUUCUGCCUCUGGAAACAACUCAGGAGCUACCACCAAAAGAAGCAACGGGAAAGGGUGCACAGCCCCAGAUUCUAGAAGCAAUUCCCAAAGAGAACAGCUCUCCAGAAAUAGAAGGGAUCCAAUCUGCAGAAAGCAGCGGACAGCAGCAACUUGUAGAAGCCCCAGGUGAAGCUGAGCAGCCCCAAGCUCUAGAAACAGUACUCAAAGAGAACGAAACAUCACAGAUGCCAGGCAGAAGCCAGCCCGUGCCAACACCUGUAAUGAACAAGUCACCCUGUGAAGCUCCUGACGGUCUCAGAAAUGCCCAUGAACCUCAAGUAACAGGUGGAAACAGGGUACAGCCAGCCGAAACUGGAGAGACAGCAGCAAAGGUGGAAAUGGCCAGAGAAAUCCACCCUGAUAAAGAGGAACAACACAUUGAAGGUGAGACAGGAGAAAAGGUGGAAGCAGAGAUGAAAAAUGAGAAAGAAAGUGAAGAAGCUGAAACUAAAGAGAAAGAAACAGGAGAAGCUGUGGAUCUUGGAGCAGCAGGGGCUGGUGACAGAAGGGCUUAGUGUGCAGUGUUACACCAGAGGGCAGGGAUAUUUGAGGCUGGGAGGGCGGGCACCACCUUUCUGCGGCUUUGUGGUUUAUACAAGGAGUAUAGUUUUAAAAUGACUGUAGGAACCAAGAGAACAAUGCUGUUUUUGUUUGUUUGUUUGUUUGUUUUCUUUUAUUGUUUACACCAUAAAACUGCUAAGCCAGACACGGUUUUCUUAGAUACUUAGGAUAAUUAUGAAUUCAAAGUGACAAUAGCCAUAGCCAAUCAAAACUGUAAGAUCAUCUAAGAGAGAGAAGGCAAUCUUCACCCUUGUAGCCAUGAGGUCUCAGGAUAAAAUGAGACCCUAAAAGGAAAGUACAAACCUUUAAAUGUAGGUGUCUAGAGAGAGGAACUAGCAAACUUUAAGGAACUCAUGAUAAGAGAGUUUUGCAGUUAUAAUAGUGAUGGAACAAAAUUAAAUAACCCCAGAACACAGGACCAACUCUACCUAAUAUUUCUGUCCUGUAAUAGAAAUUUGACUGAGCCGGGCGUGGUGGCGCACGCCUUUAAUCCCAGCACUCGGGAGGCAGAGGCAGGAGGAUUUCUGAGUUCGAGGACAGCCAGAUCUACAAAGUGAGUUCCAGGACAGCCAGGGCUACACAGAGAAACCCUGUCUUGAAAAACAAAACAGAAAGAAAGGAACCUCAGGGAGCCUGUAUUCUAACUACUUUCUGUCCUGAAAUCUAUCUACUACUACAAAUCACUGUGACCCAUGGCAUACUAAAUGUUAACAAAAAUUUCUGGAGGGAUGCAAUUGGGGUGCUGUUGCAAGCUUUGGGAUUUUUUACAGUUAAAGAGUCCACAUUUUCCAUGUGCCAUUUUGAAUUGGCUGGUGAUUUUAUACUUAAGGGGGGGGAGUGUUGGUGAUCUCUCUCUCUUUCUUUCUCUUUCAUGUGAUUUACUAGCAGUAAAAUAAUUUUAAAUCA